CUGCUGGAUGCAACCCAAAAAAAGCAUCAGUGAUUUUAAAUGUGAAAUCCCACCUCCAUUGUGCACGGUGCUGCGGAGGUACACGCGGAGAGAAGCGGAUCAUUUUUGACGGUUUUCGGAGCAUCAGCAUCAGUCGGCGGAUGGAGAUGGAGAUGAAGGCGGAGGCAUGGUGGUGUCGCUGAUCACAGACUGCAUGGUGGUGAUAUAGCAGGUGCUGCAGGCUGGUGCCGCAUUGCCUGGCUUGCUGCGAGCGACGCCGGUGGAGACGGUGUUGCUGUCGUCGUCAUUGUGCCACAGAGAGACAUAGAGAGACAUGAUGGAGGAGGAGGGCGGUGUGAGCUCAGGCCGCCCGGAUCAGCAGGUUGGAUGCUCCGCCUGAAGCUGCAGGAGUCAUGAUAUGCACGCUGGAUAAAAACAAUACAGAUCUUGGAAACGGUGGAAUAAAAACAAAUACCCUGUGCGUAAAAGUGAGAAUGCAUCCUAGGAGUUCAGGGUGGAUUACAGAGCAGCAGGCCUCCGUCUGAAGCCAGAAGGAAGAAGAAAACUGUUGCUGCUGUUUAUUCUGGUGUUUCACCCAGCUGUUGCAACAAAGAUGACUCACUUACAGGCUGGCCUCUCUCCGGAGACCCUGGAGAAGGCGAAGGUGGAGCUGAAGGAGAACCCGGAGACUCUACACCAGGACAUCCAGGAGGUGCGGGACAUGAUCAUCACCCGGCCGGACAUCGGGUUCCUCAGGACAGACGACGCGUUCAUCCUCAGGUUCCUCCGCGCGAGGAAAUUCAACCACUUCGAGGCGUUUCGGCUGCUGGCUCAGUACUUCGAGUACCGCCAGCAGAACCUGGACAUGUUCAAGAACCUGAAGGCGACAGACCCGGGUAUCAAGCAGGCCCUCAAGGACGGGUUCCCCGGGGUGCUGUCCAACCUGGACCGAUACGGGAGGAAGAUCCUGGUGCUGUUCGCUGCCAACUGGGACCAGAGCAGGUACACCUUUGUGGACAUCCUGAGGGCCAUCCUGCUGUCGCUGGAGUCGAUGAUCGAGGACCCGGAGCUGCAGGUGAACGGCUUCAUCCUCAUCAUCGACUGGAGCAACUUCACCUUCAAGCAGGCGUCCAAGCUGACGCCCAGCAUGCUGCGGCUCGCCAUCGAGGGCCUGCAGGACAGCUAUCCUGCCAGAUUUGGAGGAAUCCACUUUGUGAAUCAGCCAUGGUACAUCCACGCUCUCUACACCGUGAUACGACCCUUCCUCAAAGACAAGACCAGGAAGAGGAUCUUCAUGCACGGGAACAACCUGAACAGCCUCCACCUGCUCAUCCAUCCGGAGAUCCUGCCCUCGGAGCUGGGUGGCAUGAUGCCGCCCUACGAUAUGGGCACGUGGGCGCGGGCGCUGCUGGACCACGCCUACGACGAGGAGACCGACUACUGCCCCGAGUCCUACACUCUGUCAGUGCAGGACCUGGAGAGGGACCUGGAGAAGAACCUGUCCCCCAAAACCAUGAAGAGGUCUCAGUCCGUGGUGGAGCCGGGCGUCCUGAAACGACCGGACAAAGUGAAGAGCGAGGAGGACAACAUGCAGCCGCUGCUUUCGCUGGACUAAUCCACACACGCAGCUCCGAAGCAUAAUCGAUAUCUACACACACAAACAAACACACUGACUUACCUGUGCACCCGCUGUCAGCAAACACCGUCCUGCAGAGAAAACGCUGCUGCUUCUGGACUCUUGUUUCUCUCCUGAACCGGAGGAACAGUCGACGAGAGGAAGCAGAAUGGAGGGACGUUUCCUCACACUGGAGGAGGAGCUACUGCUGUGCUCUAUAUAUUUAUUUAUUAAGUUAUCUGUCAAGUGCCAAUUCCCCAAAAAAAACUGUACAUGUGAACAAUCCAGCCCCUCGGUGUGGAGAGGAAACACAAAGAGGGAGUUGUGAAGCUGUCACAAAUGGGAAAAACUGGAGACUAUACUUCACACAGUUCCCGAGCUGCAGUUUCUUUCUUUUUUGUACAGUAAUUUGAAGGAGCACGGCUCAGGAUUGGUGACGGUAAUGAGCUUGUUCAACCUCCUGGACACAAAACUGGCAGACAGGCAGGCACUGGGAGUUAACUGGGAGUGUAUGGGCGACUUUCCUGUGAAAAUAGUAAUCUGAAAUGCCGUUUUCUCGUAGAAAAGCAAACCCCCCUUUACGGUAAGAGCGGUCUCUAUUCAUUGUGUGUUUUUUUUGCUCUUUUUCUGACCCUCAUGUCACAGAAUUCAGUAUUUAUUUUGCCAUACGUAAAUCAAAACAGGACUUGAGGCUGAGGAGGACCAUAAGAUAUAUUUUGAGAAUGUUAAGGAUAGGCAAUUAAAAAAGCCUAAAUUGAAUCUUGUAAAAGCAGAGAGAGGUCAAACAUACCCCCUCUCCUCAGACACUCUUUCUGCCAACAUAACCACAGUAUCUGUUUUUGAACACGUUAGUAUUAUAAGAUUUAAAGGCGCAUUUUUUGCAUGUUUUACUUAAAAAUUGCACUUAUUUAUUUGCAUUGUUUCAGUACAUUGUUGGUGUUUUAUAAUGCAGCUUUUUAAAUCAGUAUGAGUAUCAGUUUAGACUCCUUAAUUACCUCCAGUUAAUGUGCUAUCACGUGAAAACAAACUUCAGUAAUGUGUUUGCCCCAACAAAAGCAAGGAGAAAGACUGAUAGCUAUCAAAGGAUGACAUUAAAACAGUGUAGAAUAAAAUAUAUGACAUAUAAAUACCACUCUAGGAUACACACAUUCAUACACAUGUUUUGUCAAAAGACACUAAAAAUACCUCUGUUUUUGUGUUUAUACAAAAAGAAAACUGGCACCAGGCCUCAAUUGUCCAACAGCACUUGAACGCACCUGACCUGCAGACUUAAUGAACUUUUACAAGCUGAUAAAACACAGGGUUAUUUAACGUGUGCCUGAAAUACUUUGCAGUAAAUAGGCUUUGAAGGUCAAGUUUUACCUCAGAAAAGUAUUAUUUUACAUAUUUAAAUCACAGUAUUUUAAUGUCGUUGCAUAUUUUCUUUUAAAAUCUGCAAUGAGAUAAGCUUCUACUGCAGUGAAGAUAUUAAGAAAUGCCACCAAAUGUAUUUCUGUUUGCUCCACAUAUGAAACAGGCACCAGCUGAAGCUUUAUGACACACUGUAAUUUAGGCUCUUUCAAUUCAACAACUCCAGUCACAUUGCAAAAGGUACGAGUGUGACACUGCGACUGAGGAAAAGCCAGUCGGGCUGCGAGCAGGCGGCAGACAGUGGAUCAGAGAGAGGCCGGCAGUCAGGAAGUGUGAGGCGACCGACUGCAACGAGAGCAGACAGCUGGAAUGUAAAACUAUCACACAGUGAACAUGACAUGUCACCCUCACUCACAACAGCUCAGAGGCUUUACUGUGCAGAGAGAGACUGCAGCAGCCUCGGUGUGAUCCCAGCGCCCAGAUAACAAUCUGGCACAUGUAAUAGGGAUGUUUUAUUUAACAUGUGGUCGGUCAGCCCUCUGAGAGCAGACCAUACCUGCACUGGAAGCUGUACUGCUCAAUUCUCACACAGGAGAAGUGCUAUUUAAGGUCAAAUUCCCUUCUUACAAGAGCGGUGCAGUGGUGACUGAUUUCUGUAGCAAUGCAAAGACUCCGUCGACUAAAAGAAAUGGGAUGUUUACAGUUGAUUUUGCAGAAAAUGAUCUCUGUGGCCAAGCUCACAUUUAAUACUUCACAUAUUAACACAGUUUUAUAAUUAGUAAAGUAAAGUGUGUAUGCAAUCGCCAGAAGAAAACUGCUAAUGUUGGGCUAUAAAGGAACUACAGCACGGUCACAUGACUUCACGUCGCCACCGCUAAGCUAAAGGCCGCUAAUGUUGGGCUAUAAAGGAACUACAGCAUGGUCACAUGACUUCACGCCACCAUCGCUAAGCUAAAGGCGGCUAAUGUUGGGCUAUAAAGGAACUACAGCGCGGUCACAUGACUUCACGUCACCAUCGCUAAGCUAAAGGCGGCUAAUGUUGGGCUAUAAAGGAACUACAGCAAGGUCACAUGACUUCACGUCACCACCACUAAGAUAAAGGAGGCUAAUGUUAGGCUAUAAAGGAACUACAGCACGGUCACAGGACUUCACGUCACCAUCGCUAAGCUAAAGGCGGCUAAUGUUGGGCUAUAAAGGAACUACAGCAAGGUCACAUGACUUCACGUCACCACCACUAAGAUAAAGGAGGCUAAUGUUGGGCUAUAAAGGAACUACAGCGCGGUCACAUGACUUCACGUCUCCACCGCUAAGCUAAAGGCGGCUAAUGUUGGGCGUGAUGACAUUUAGUCGGUCAUUUACACACUUGUUAGCAACUGCCAUUUUUAAAGUCACCAGUGGGGUAAUUACUGAUGUAUUUUAUGUUAUAGAAUAAAAAUCUGUUCAGCUUGUGUUAACCACAGACUUUAUGUCAGGCAUGUAACAUUGUUGAAAACCUACUGAGUUCCAGACAAGGUAACCCUGAAGACCUAAAAUACUUUCUAAUUUCCAGUUUUAGGACUCAUUCCUGCACCACUCUCAUUUAUAGCGCGCUUUUGCUUAAACAGCUGUAGUUAGCAAGUGUUAGCUUUAAACUUUAUUUCUACUGAUUCGUUUGACAGUCUUUUUAACCGGUAUUGCUUCCUAAAACAUCACUAGGAUUAACAUCAAGACCAUUUUUGUCAAAUCUUAUUCAUGUUUGAUAAUAAAGGAACAAACGCUAGGUUUCUUCAGACGUUUUAGCUGUCAGUUAUUGUUGAAUUAGUGACGUUUCCGUUUAGACACUUAGGGGAAAUCGUACAGCUGCCAGUUUUGUGCACAUUAGAGAGACUGUAACAAACUGUGGGUCAAACGUGAAACCAGAAACCGUGUUUAUCAAGUGUUUAAAAUGAUAUCCAUGCAUCGGUAGAAACCUGAGGUUUAUUUCCACCAUUAUAACACACACACACACACACACACACACACACACACACACACACACACACACACACACACACACACACACACACACACACACACACACACACACACACACACAGGGCAAGGCAGAACAAUCAGGAAUCAGUGGAGCUUUCAUGAUGUCAGUCAAGGAAAAGGGAGGGAAAACACACACACACACACACACACACACACACACACACACACACACACACACACACACACAGCCACUGUAGAUGCUUCCAGUUGUUAGGAUACAAAGUUUACAUUGAAUAAACAUCUGUAUACUGCGUGAAUAUAGCGAACAGGUUCACUGGUUAUUUUCAGAGUUAUGGUAUUAGAGGUUACAGACAGCUGUUGUAAAUCGUAGAGUAUGUAGAGAAACACAGAAACACACACAAGAUUUACAUUUUAUUACAAAUAUACUUUAUGGAGGUGAUGCUUUUAUGCUUCACCACACAUUUAAGACUUUUUCUUGUCAGUAUUUUAUUAAAGUCUCAAGCUAUCUACCUUGUUUGUUCCACAGGUGACAGAUUGGUAUAUGUUGUAUGAAUUGUGAACAGAAUAAUGAAGGACUUCAGCAGUUUGAAUAUUCUUUCUGUGUUGUUGUUUCGUCUUUCCUGCUGACCUUGCAUCAAAUAUUUUGCUGAAAACAUUUCACCCACCUGUUGAAACUAAUCAAUAGUGACAUGUUCAUGGCUCUACAUCUUAAAUGGAAGUCAUCCUGAAGGUUUUUAGAGGUUUUCUCCAAAAACUUUAUGUAACGUUUGCCCUCGUAAACAUGGAAUUAAUCGAACUGUGCUAAAAAACAUCACAUUCCUUUCAUUUAAUCAGUGUUUUCUUCACAAAAUGCAUCAUAAUUGGAUCAAAUGCAAGCUUUGUGAAUGUACACUCACUUGUUAUGUAUUUUCUUGGACUAAUAAGAGUAAUUUCUCACUGACUAAUGUUUGAUUUAUCUCAGCCAAAGCCACCUUGGUAUUUCUUCUCAUCAUUGUGCUCUGAGAAUUUGGACACUGAACGACUUCUAAUGAUUGAUAAUGUCCUGAAAAUGAUGAAUGCAUAUCUAUCAGUUAUAUUGAUUUUCUUAUCACUGUUCUUUGAUUGUAUCGUGACAGUAGGAGCUGUAGGGGAGACCAAACUCAAAGCUGACGUUAUAACAGAAAGCCGGUUUUUAUUAUAGGAGCAAAAAACUGUUCAGUUAGCAGGUGUUAAAUGUAUAAAUGUCAUCAAAGACAAUUCGCUGAAAUGCAUCAUGUAAAACGAGCUAAAUAAAUAUGGACA